CUUUUCUAGCAUCACGGUGCUUCCUGUGACUUUUCCUAUAACCUAUACUCUCCCGCUCCCCGCUCCUGCAUUACUCAACAUGGCCAUCUUCGGUCUCUUCGGAUCGUCCACCCCAGAACAACAGGAGCCCUCUGCUUCUGCCGACCUCUUCAGCAGCACCAACUUCAGAUCAAACGUCAUCCCCUCAGAGCAGCCCCAGCAAUCAUCUUCCUUCCUCCCCGAUCCCCCUUCUCAGCCGAAUGCUGCCCCUGCACCUCCUCCAGCCCCCCAGCAACACGCUCCUACGGCUUUAGAAGCCCUUGGCUCAGCGUUUGAUCCCGCCAGACUGCACCCUUUGGCGGGUAUCUCGGAAAACCUCGAUUUCUUGCAAUUGGAUGAGGAGAAGUUGAAUGAAUUGGAAGGCUCAGCAAGUGUUCUUCCCAGUAGGGGAUGGACAGAUGAUCUCUGUGUGGGAACGGGAACGACUUACGUCUCUGGGCUGGCUGCUGGUGGUCUUUGGGGUUUCAAAGAUGGUCUCUCCAGACCUCUUGGUAACAAUCCCUCGUUCAAGCUUCGGCUGAACAGUAUCUUGAACGGUUGUACGAGGCGAGGUAGUUUCAUGGGUAAUUCGCUUGGUGUCCUUGCCAUCUUCUACAAUCUCACAAACUCAUCCUUGGACGCCGUCCGGGGCAAGCACGACGUCUUCAAUGCCGUUGCCGCCGCUUCCGUCAGUGGUGCCAUAUUCAAGUCCACUGGUAUGUUCUCUCCAUUCGUUAUUCACACCUUUCUAACACCUCGGCAGCUGGUCUGCGACCCGCCAUGGUCGGUGCUGGUAUCGGUGGUAUUGCCGCCAGCGCUUGGUCUGGCUUCAAGUCUUUUGUCUAAUUUUCCACCACCAAUAAUCAUCGACUAAAAAGUAGUCUUACAUCCUAGACACUACCUUGCCUCCUUCCGCCUGGGGCUUUUACCUCAGAGAUCCAGGCCGUCUACUGCAUCGGGAUUUACGAGCUUUCAUGCACACCCCUCUUCUGACAUGUGCAAGUGAUGUACAUGGAGCUAAGAUAAGGCAAU